CCGCUUCCGGUGCGGGCCCCGCCCCGGCUGUGGCCCCCGGCUGCGGAGAAGUCCGAGACGCAGCUGCGGCGCGGGGGCCAGAGCGGCAGCCUCCACCACGGCCGGCGGCCCCGGCGCGCCCCGCACAGGUUUAGACCAGUGUGCCUGCUGGGCUGUGCCCAAAUUCAGAGCCAUGCCAAUCAGUGGGUGAAGCUUGAGGCAGUGAUGGAGCCGCUGCAGCAGAAGCCACCGCAGCAGCCACAGCAGCAGCCACCACACCAGGGUCCUCUGCAGAUGGAUGCCAGAGAGAAGCAGGGACAGCAGAUGAGAGAGACCCAGUUCUUGUACGCCCAGAAGCUGGUCACACAGACUCUUCUUUCUGCCACACCUGGGAGGCCUUCUGGCAGCCCUGCCCUGGGUCCUUUAGCCAGGGUGGCCCCAGCCACAGCAGUGACCCGAGUGUUUGAACGGAGCAGCGUGAACUCAGAGCCUGAGGAAGAGGAAGGAGGUUUGGAAGAUGAGGAUGGGGACGAUGACGUUACAGAGGUGGCUGGGAAAGAGGCCCAGGCUGCUUCAAAAUAUUUUCAUGUGCAGAAAGGGGCUCUCCGAGACCCAAGAGCGGCACCCAUCUCUGGUCUUCUUCCAGCAGCAGGCCUCCCAGCACACGGACAGCAGGCUCAAGAAGACCACACCAAAGAUGCUGCCAAGGCCCCUGCUUCAGCCUCCGCCACUGGGCAGCCAGGCUGGAACCUGGAUGAGCAGCUCAAGCAGAAUGGUGGUUUGGCCUGGAGUGAUGAUGCGGAUGGCGGCCGGGGAAGAGAGAUCUCGCGAGAUUUUGCCAAGCUGUAUGAACUGGACAGUGAUCCGGAAAGGAAGGAGUUCCUGGACGACCUCUUCAUCUUUAUGCAGAAGAGGGGGACCCCCAUCAACCGGAUCCCCAUCAUGGCCAAACAGAUCCUCGACCUGUAUAUGCUGUACAAGCUGGUGACGGAGAAGGGCGGCCUGGUGGAGAUCAUCAACAAGAAGAUCUGGAGGGAGGUCACUAAGGGCCUCAACCUGCCCACGUCCAUCACCAGUGCCGCCUUCACCCUGCGGACCCAGUAUAUGAAGUACCUUUAUGCCUACGAGUGUGAGAAGAAAGCCUUGAGCUCCCCGGCCGAGCUCCAGGCAGCCAUCGAUGGCAACCGGCGGGAGGGCCGGCGGCCCAGCUACAGCUCUUCCCUCUUUGGCUACUCGCCUGCUGCUGCCACUGCUGCUGCCGGAGCCCCUGCCCUUCUCUCUCCACCCAAGAUCCGCUUCCCCAUCCUCGGACUGGGCUCCAGCAGUGGCACCAGUGCCAGCAGCCCUCGGAUGCCCCCAGCAACCACACUCAGGAAAGGUGAUGGAGUCCCGGUGACAACGGUGCCUGUGCCAAAUCGCCUGGCUGUGCCCAUGACCUUGGCAGGCCAGCAGGCCGGCACCCGGACCGCCACCCUGGAGCAGCUGCGGGAGCGGCUGGAGUCGGGGGAGCCCCCUGAGAAGAAGGUGUCCAGGCUGUCAGAGGAGGAGCAGCGCCUGGUACAGCAGGCCUUCCAGCGCAGCUUUUUCGGCAUGGCACGGCAGCUGCCCAUGAAGAUCCGGCUCAACGGCAGGGCAGAAGACAGAUCGGAAGCGUCGGCCACGGCGCUGAACCUCAGCACAGGCAGCUUCGGGAGCAUCAACAUGUCUGUGGACAUCGAUGGCACCACCUAUGCAGGGGUGCUGUUUGCCCAGAAGCCCGUGGUCCAUCUCAUCGCGGGAUCGGCUUCCCAGAGUGUUGGCAGCAGCGCCAGCAGCAGCAGCAGCAGUUCUCACUGCUCGCCAAGUCCUACCUCAUCCCGGGGCACCCCCAGUGCAGAGCCCUCCACCAGCUGGUCCCUCUGAGGGGCAGGACCCCGCUUCCCACCCCACUCUCCUGUCGAGAGGGAAGGAAGUCGACGCACAGAAUUUACCUCAUCUCACAGAGCCCACGUCAAACACCAUUUGGCCAGAUGCUGAGAGUUUGGAUGUGUCCGCCUGUCCGGGCUCAAUUCAGGUCCUGCUGUACUCUGGGGACAGGGAGAGGCUGGAGGGGCAGGACAGGGCUGCGUUGUCCAAUCAGGGAUUCUCCGGAGGGCUAGGUGGGGUUUGUGGGCGGCCAGCUUCCUCGGGGUUCCCAGGCCACCUCCCAUCCUGGGCACAGUGUAUCGACAAUCUGUAAGCCGACACAGGGCUGGAGCCCUCCAUGUCCCUUCCCCUUUAAUUUAUUUUCCUUGUCCUGCCUUCCACUAUGACCCCAGGGUCACUGGUCUCUGCUCAGUCCCCCGAUCUGACUCACGGGGCUGCUAGGAGCCAAGAGCAUGCCUUCGUGGCCCUUCUCUGCUGAGCGUGAGAUGGGGCCCUCCCAGCCCACCUUCCCUACCAUGUUUGGUUCCUGGGAUGUGGGUCCCAAAAAAUUCAAGUCCUGAAGCAGUCCUCAGGGCCCCUUAUCCCCCUUGCAAUGGUCCCAGGGCCUAUUGCGCAUCUGCUGAGGGAGAGGCAGCGCGUGGGGCUGCCCCCGCAGGCCCUGGCACCCACCUCACGCUGACCCUUCUCUCACCCCCCGGACCUCAUGCUGCCCACUCGCCCUCUUGGCCGGCUCUCGCGAGAACAGCCCACUUGUCCCUUGGGCCCCCCCCUGUAAUGGGGCCAUCGCAGCCCCAGCAUCCCCAAGCCUGCCGAUGUCAGGUUCAUUGAAAUACCUCAGAUUUGUAAUUGUUGAUGUUUGACUCUUCAGGAAGUAUUUGCAUCUCUGGAAUCUUUUUUAUAUGUGUUUUGCUGACUUUUGUUUUUUAUUUUUAAAUUUUUAUUGUAGCACCAAAGAAAUGAGCAGAUCACCCCAAAGCCAAGCAAAUGAUUUGGUACCCCAGCCCCUCUGGCCCUUCCCUGAGACCCCAGUGAGGAGGCGAGGAGGCAGGCAGGAGACGUGACUCAGGGAUCACGGCAGCGGGAGGGGGUGGGAGGGAGAGGCCCGCGCGCGCGCAGGCUGGGUCCUGAAACCACACCGGUUCUGAAGAUGGUCCUCGGCCCAUUUCCUGCCAGAGCACGGUUAGUCCCAGCCUCUACCCCCCAGUCAGCAGUGGGGACAGGACGUCUCCCCUUCACUCAACACUCCCGCCUCAGGACGGGCAAGCCGUGGGCCUUUCGGGGUGGAGCUGCCCCAGAGCUGAGGACAUGUGAGAGAGCUCCGUCUGUCCUCCUGGCCCCCGGGGGGGAGCAGGCUGGUCCAUACUGGAAAGGACUGAUUCUCGCCUGGCUCACUGUGCAGUCCAGUAAGCCCUGCCCUGUGCAGUGGGAGACCACGUGACAUGGGCCCACGUCAGUCCUGUCUAGGGAAGGAAGGGAAAUCAAGAGCUUGAGCACAAAAGAUACCUCAGCCUGGUGAGCUGCAGCUCGCGGGCCUGCAUCCUCUCUGCCCUCCGCCAGCCCUCCGCACCCACGCAGCCCCAUCCACGGGGCUGACACUCUGCUGGCCUCAGAAGCCUUCCAACCUGGCCCACCCGGCAAGCGCAAGGUGUGGGCACGGGGGCAUCUGGGGCCUGGUGCCAGGGAGGAAUGAGCCCAGUUGGCUGGCGCUGGGCCUGCUUGAAGGUGUCACAGACAUUUUGCCAGUGUGUUUUUCUCAGGGGUUUGGUCACGAAGGAUGGACUCUUCCCACCCAGAGGACGCAGGGAUAGCGCACUGUGUCUUUCUGGUCACUGGACCCUCUCCCUUUCCCCAAGCAGCUUGCCCACCUCCCCUCCCUCAGCGAACUCUCCAUGCCCUCAGGACAACAGCAGGGUCUCAGCCUGAGAGCUUGUGAAUGGUGGCACCGGCAGGUGCCCCUGACAGCAGCCCUGGGCCCAGAGGAGCUUUCCCUGAAAGCGCAGUCCCGAAGGCCACAUGACAGGCCGGGUCUGCCAGGGCAGCUCUGUCCCCUGGCCCUCUCCACCUUGUGUGUGUUCUAACCAGGAAAACGUGAUAGCACAUGAGUAGCCCAGGCAGUGGAGAAAUACCUCAGACGUCCUCUUGCAGCAAGUGUCUGUAUAUGUUGUGGUUAUUUUCUAUCUUACAUGUUCUCGAAUGUUUAUAUUUCAAUAAACCUCUACCUCUUCACACAAGCAGGCAGGUGUUUCCAGU